CAAGGAGCAGAGGUGUGCAGGGGGUAUUAUUAUCCCGUCAACCACCCGGGUCACGGGAAAGACAGACGAGUCUGUGUAUCCACGAAGAGGACCUGUGGCCCAUUUCAUACAACGUUCAUUUGCCAAAACAAUGUGUGAUUAUCUCCCUUUGUCGGUGGAUGACAAGUGCUGCUGUCGCUUAGAUAGGACUGCGGUGUACCCAGGUGCCUAACCAGCAGCGAAUGAUGUAAAACAAAAUGGAGGAUAUCAAACUACCUACCAAAGCUCCAGUUUCCUCACGAAGCAAGACAUUAGGGAGACUGAAUGCAGUGAAGGGAGGUAAGCAGCCCCAAGCUAACCGCCAGACAUGGCACGGCGGUCAACCCAAGGCUGCACCCCUUCAAGUACCACUCCCAGUCCCGAAACCAAACCUGACCUGGGAGCCGGGGAUGUUCAACCUGGAUUACAUCAUCAGGAACCUGUACCUGCCCAGGGUGGUGAUGUGCGACCACACCUUCUGCGACCUGGGAAGGGGGGACUAUGGGGUUUGAUUGUGGGCAGCUGCUGAUGCUGCACAGUAAGAAGGAUGGGUUGAAGGUGGCUGCUGGUAGUCUGGCUGUGGACUCUCGCGAUGGCAAGACUCUGCUGGAAACGGACAACAGCCUGCUUAUUCCUGAGGAUUACAAAGGUUGGUUUGCAGUUCUUGGAUCCGAACUGUCACUGAAAGCUAUCCCCCACUUCCGGAAUGUGGGUCAACUGGCGAUGUCUGAUUGUCAGGCGUUUCUGAUCGGUGGUAAACAAAAUGUGCAGUCUGUACAGAAAGCUGGCGAUACCGUGACCGCCUCAAGGCACCUCUGUCCGGGAGAUGUUCUGAAAAUGGGAGUCCUUGACGGAGCUCAGGAGUAUUUACACUGCGUGGAUGACAAUGAUCGGGAAGUUCUGCUUUCCGUGGAUACCGAAGGAACCUUCUACGUCUGUAACAAUAAAACUAGACCCAACAAGACCCCAGUUAUGCAAAUAAAGGACGUCCUAUUGAAGCAUAAAUUCCCCUGUGUUGUGAAACUUGUGUAUGGUAGAGAGCCUUCAGGACAAGGUGUAUUCACCAAGAUCAUGGUUCUGGAGAAUGUGCAACAACAUCACUCUCUUCUCGCGUCAACUCUUCUUAAACACAGCAAUACCCUGCAUGAACUUUCAGUGGAUAUCCCUAACAAAUUUCGUGUUGCUGUUCAGAGCAAGGAGCUGUGCCAGAAUCCUGGAUACAUCAGCGCUUUAAAUCUGUUCCAGGACAAAGGUGAUAUGUUCAUGAGAGGAAUCAAGAUGUUCCGUCAGGCAGAGAGUCCCAUAGAAGAAAAGGUUACAGCGAUUGGAAUCUCCUUCGCGUCUCCGGCAGUGAAUGCUGUUCCUGUUCCAAAUAACACUCCAACAAAAACACACGCAACUCCUCCUUUACCAGUUGUAGCAGUGACUGCUGUUGAAAGUAAGUCAAGUCCUACUACACCACUGAGGCAACCGGAACUCAAACAAGGGAAGGCAAAGACGGUCAGUGAUGGAAAACGAGUUCAAGUUUCCACUAAAGGCAAGCCACAGAAAGAAGUAGAACCAACACCGGUGUCAAAAGUCUCCCCUCAACUACAGCAUAAACUAAUUCAGAAUCCCAGAAGAUCCUCAAUUGACAAUCGGCCAAGAAUGCCAGAGCCGACCAUACCAAAAGAACCUAAAGUAGAUGCAACAAAAGCCGUAAAUGGAUCUCGCAUAUUAGUGGAUGUUGCAGGCCCUAAUGUGAUUGAGAACAACGUUGGAUCUGUUCCAAAACAAAAUGGUGUUAUAAGAAACGACACACUAAAUAGUGUUCCUUCAGAAAUUACACAGCCAUCUAAUGGAGACGUGAAGAUCCAGCCACCAAAGCCAGCCACAGUUACUUCACAUGUAGCUGACACAAAGAAAGCUAGAUCUCCUCGCCCAAAUGCAUAUGAAGAAGUAUGGACAGCAACAUCUGGGAAAGAUGACGACAGUUCCUCCACCAGCAGCAUGAGCGAUACACACGUCUAUCUGGACCAAGGAAUCGGUGGGCAGGUUGUCACUGGUGGAGUCCCGAUACCAACCCAAACCAGUGAUUUGAAACAAAAGGAAAACCCCCAACCAGAAUCCAAGAUUGAUAAGAGACAAGCUAGACAAUCAGCAGCAUUGUACUCCACCAUAGCCAUCGUAGGAGGGAACCCUGAAAUUACUGAGGACAGCCAGCCAGCCACUCCUACAGAAGACCCUAAGAAGCUUAAAAAGAAAACGGUAUCUUUCUCAGACGUUUUAGAUGUACAUUCAUUUACUAAGCCUCAUGUCACAACAAUAAAUGUGAACGAAAAGAAGGAUACACACAUCGACGAACUGCGUGACUUCAGUGAUGGAUUCGAUUCACUGUACAUCCCUGACUUUGAUCCACCGGAAGAUACAUUUGACUCUGGAGGAAGCCUCACCUCAAGUUCAGCUUCAGGAUCGAGUUCAGAUGGAGCUGCUGGUAGAAUUGGGGAAUCUUUCACGGUUGACUCCAGUUCCAGUGAAGAUGACAACGGAUACAUGAAGCCUGUGUUGGACAGGAAGGGGCGAGUUAAGUUGGAGAGAGACAUUCACAAGGCGCAAACAGGUCCACCCAGUGCUCACGAGGACCUCGCCAAAAGGAUUUCGUUACCCAGUAUGAAAAUUGUUGGGCGUGCUGAUAAGUCUGAAAUGGAGGAUAGAUUCUCAGCUGCUGAAUCAGAUAUUCUGUGGUGAUACUGUCAGAUCUGUGAUGCCAUUUGACUGUCUUGAUGGGUUCAUAUUCGAUGGAACAUAUGCAGCAAUUCCAUGGUGAUGCAUAUCAGUUUUGUGAUGCCAUGAUGGAUGCCAUGACGACGUCUCCAUAUUCAGUGGAACCUCAGUUGAACACAUGUUGUGAUCUCUUAUCGUUUAUUUCGAGACAAGAGGUUACAUGACAAUGUGCAGUGGGUAUACUUCGAGAUUGGGAACAGUUCGGUAUAACGAGACACGACUAAUUGACUCAUUAUUUUAUUGUAUUUUUAUUGACAAACUGUAUACAGUAUAUCGUUAUUUACACUUAACGUUACCAUGUAUACCUAAUGAUACUAAAACAUUGUUUUGUUUACAACACUACCAAUGAUAUAAGGGUAAUGCUAUUUUUGAGGGCAUUAUCAUUUGCAGAAGCCCGAGGUUUUCCAUUAGCUGCCCGACGGAGGAGGGCAGUUGAAAAAGACCGAAGGCUUCUGCAAAUG